CGUCAACUCAUUCGCGCGUCAUCGACCAGAUUGCGACUGCUGAUGCCAUUGGCGCGCUUCGCGUAAGCCGACAAACACAUGACCACAUGAAGCGGUGCGACGGCGCAGGCUUCGCACGUGGCCAGCGCUUGUGGCAUUCACGGCCAUCACCCGCUCAUUGCAAUCAUCUCCACCCAUGGUCUCCACCCUCUCAUUCCACCUUCCCACUCGCAAGGUGUCAAGCUGAUGGUUGCAUUGGCCACAACAGUAGCUGGCGAAUGGGCUGCGAAGAGGCCCGAGGUCCAACGCGGCGGUCUGCCUCGACUGUCGAGCGUAGGUCACUAUGCCGGCGGAAACCUAGGUCGUCGUCACGAAGCUUGUGGCCGCGUGCUGCAACGCCUGGUGAUGGUGAAGCCGGUCGGACCACUAGGCUGAUUCCUUAUUUUGCUCACUUGGGCCAACCAACCAUUCUUUCCCAAUGGUCUGCGCUCGCUACCUUUACAGAUCUCUGCACGCGCCAGAAUCUUCGGCGGUUUUUGGGAUCCAACAUUGCGCAGUCGGUGGUUCCUUUCCGGUAGGACAUGUGACCUGUUUUGGCCCUUGUUUCAGGUCAUAUCUUGUGUACUUUAUGAUGACAUUGUGUUCAAGAUCCCACCGGCGUGGCACGCCACGUGGCAGGCGGAGCGGGCGCGGUUUACUGACCUCAAUCAGACGCUGGAAGACGAGCGAAGCCAAAAUGAACAAUUGUAUUCAACGAUUUGUUCCAUCAUGGGCUCGGACGGUGGAGAAGCGGUACCGGACGCGGCGCCAUACUUUGCGCUCCCGAUCGAGACCAUCGACCGCCCCCACCCGUACGCGACUGCUUCGUUUCUGGCCAAGCUCAGCUACGGGUGGGUCACCAAGCUCAUCGCACUCGGCGCAUCGACGCCGCUCCUGGCCGACGACGUCUGGGCGCUUCCAGCCACCGAGACGUGCGCCGGUCUGCACGCGCCCUUUCUCGCGCACUGGUCGUCGGCGACCGCGUCGUCGUCGGUGCCUCGCUUCAGCCGCGCGCUUGUCCGCAGCUUUCGGCGCGACCUCAUCGUGGCGCUCGUGUCCUUCUUGCUUGCGACGGCGGCCGCCAUCGCGCAGCCGCUCCUCGUCCAGGCGCUGCUGCAGUACCUCCAGCGCCAACCCAUUUCGUUUCUUGGCAUUGAGAAUGGCUAUGCGCUCAUGGCGCUGUUGACGCUCGCUGCCUUUUUGCAGGCCGCGUGCGUCAACUACGGCUUCUUCACGUCGUACAAGGUCGGCGUCAACAUGCGCUCGAUUGUGAUGGACAUGGUCUACGACAAGGCGCUGCGGCUCUCGUCGGCCGCGCGGCAGCAAACCACGAGCGGGGAGAUCGUGACGCUCAUGAGCUCGGACGCCGAACGUGUCGCCGAGAUGGCCAACGAAGGUGUCUGGAUCAUCGCAUCGCCGGUAACGUUCCUCGCGUCCCUGCUGCUGCUCGGCGCGUUCUUUGGCCCGCUCCCUGCGCUUGUCGGGGCUGUCACGACUGCGCUCAUCCUCGGAGGCUCGCUCUGGCUCGCAUCCGUCAUUGGUGCCGCGCGCCUCGACGCCACGUCGCUCUCAGAACAGCGCGUGCGCGUCACCAGCGAGGUUCUUCUUGGAAUCCGCGUCAUGAAGAUGUACGCGUGGGAGCCCGCGAUUGCGUCGCGGCUCCAGCGUCUUCGCGACACGGAGACGCAGCAUCUCCGCAAGCUCAACCGGUACCGCGUCUCGAACGUCGAGUUUCUCUUCUUGUCGCCGCUCUUUGUCGGCGCGUCGAUCCUCUCGACGUACAUUUGGCUCGGGCACGCAGUGGACGUGACGCAGAUCUAUACGCUCAUUGCGUUUACCAACAUGAGUCGCCACGCCCUCUACAACUUUCCACGCGCGAUCGCUGGGCUCUCGGAAGGUCUCGGGGCCGGUCGCCGCCUCGACGCCUACUUGGCGCUACCCGAACAAGUCGGCGCGGGUUCGAGCCCGACAGCGCCAACGUUGCACAAUGGCGCCGUGUCUCUCGUCGAUGCGGCGUGGACAUGGCAGCGCGGUGGCUUUGAGCUGGGCCGCACCACGCUCACGAUCUCGCCCGGUGAACUCGUCCUCGUGGUCGGCGGUGUCGGCGCCGGCAAGUCGAGCUUCCUCUCCGCCCUCGCUGGCGAGCUCCUCAAGACGCAUGGCGAGGCCACGGACCUUCGCGGCCGCCUCGCCUUCUUGACGCAAGAGCCUUGGAUUCGCAACGCGACGAUCCGCGACAACAUUCUCAUGGCCGCGCCAGUCGUUGAUGAAGCCCGGUACGCGGCGGUGCUGGAGGCGUGCCAGCUCGCGCACGACCUGCGUUUGCUGCCGCAAGGCGACGCGACCGAGAUUGGCGAGCAAGGCGUCAACCUCAGCGGCGGCCAAAAGGCGCGCGUGCACUUGGCGCGCGCGCUCUUCGCGGCCAACACGGACGUACUCCUCCUCGACGACCCGCUCAGCGCCGUGGACGUUCACGUUGCCCACGCCAUUUUCGAGUCGGCGCUCCUCGAGUUCGCGCACUCAAAAACGCGACUGCUCGUGCUCAACAGCCACUAUCACUUUUUACCGCGCGCGGAUCGGAUUCUCGUGCUCGAGAAAGGACACGUGGUUUACGACGGACCGUUCACAAACGAGCUCGUGGCGCGGUACCCUGAGUAUGCGUCCGAGCCACCGAGCGCGGCAAAGCGGAUGUCUCCAGCACCGAGCACCGUCGAGGAGACCAAGGCGCCGCUUGGUACCGAGCCCAGCGCGCUCAUGCAGAUUGAAGAUCGCGCUCAGGGCAGCGUUGGCAAGGCCAUCUACUUGGCGUACUUUGGCCACGCUGGCACGCAAGGCGGCUUCGUCGCGCUGGCGCUAGUCGCUGCCUUUGGGCUCGGCCAAGGCGUGCGUAUCGUCGCCGACUGGUUCCAAGGGCAUUGGGGCCAGCACUUUGAUAGGAACGCCAUCGCGUUGCCCCAUAGCGGUCUCUACCUCCUCGUUGUGGCGAGCGGCGCUUUGUUCUACGGUCGCUGCCAACUGCUCGUGCACUUUACGGGCGCGUGCUCGGAUGCACUGCACAAGGACCUCCUCUCGCGGCUGCUUGCGGCGCCCAUCAACUUGUUUUACGACGUCACGCCGAUCGGCCGCAUCCUCAACCGGUUCGCACGGGACUUGGACAUUGCCGACAGCUUACUCCCGAACCUCUUUCUCGACUCGCUCGAGACGCUAUGGGUCGUCGCCGGCGCGCUCGUCGUGUGCGCCUUGGCGUCGCCAUACGUCGCCAUCGCGUACGUUCCGAUUUUGCUGAUCUUUUAUUAUGCGGGCGAGUACUUUAAGCGCACGUCCCGAGAACUCAAGCGCCUCGAAGGCAUCUCCCGGUCGCCGAUCUUUAGCUCGUUCGCCGAGACCCUCGACGGCGUCCGGACGAUCCGCGCGCUCAACCUCGAGCGUGUCUUUCACGCGUGGAGCCGAUCCGCCGUCGACGCCAACGCCAAGGUGCUAUUUGCCAUCGUCGGCGCCAGUCGGUGGCUCUCGCUGCGCAUGGAUGUCAUCUCGGUGCUGCUCAUCGCCGGCAUCACGACCAUCUUGCUGCAGCUGCGCGACACGGCCCUCUCGCCGACCCUCGCCGGCCUCACGCUUGUCUACUCGCUUGCGCUCAUCUCCAACGUGCAAUGGGCGAUCCGUCUCUUCGAUUUGACCGAGAGCGCCAUGACCGCGGUGGAGCGGCUCCUGCACUUCAAGACGAUCCCGAGUGAGGUGCGGAGCGGUGUCGUGCCGCCGCCAACGUGGCCGACUCAAGGUAGCCUCCGCUUUGAGAACCUCCACUUGCGCUACCGCCCCGAGCUGCCGCUCGUGCUGCACGGUGUUUCGCUGGACAUUGUUGCGGGCGAGAAGAUCGGCAUUUGCGGCCGCACGGGUGCCGGCAAGUCGUCGCUCAUGGUCGCGCUCUUCCGCCUCGCCGAGUUCGACGCGGGGACGAUCUACAUGGACGGCGUCGACAUUGCGAAAAUGGACUUGGCGUCGCUGCGACGGGCGCUGGCCAUCAUCCCGCAAGACCCCGUGCUCUUUAGCGGCAGCAUUCGAUCGAAUUUGGAUCCGUUUCAAGAAAAGUUGGAUGUCGAGCUGGAAGCGGUGCUCGCCAAAGCCCACUUGCCGCUGCCGCUGGACACGGAGGUGGCAGAGAACGGCGCCAACUUGUCAGUGGGCCAGCGCCAGCUGCUUUGCAUUGGCCGCGCGCUCUUGCGACAGAGCCGCGUCGUCGUCAUGGACGAAGCGACCGCCAACGUCGACUUGGCGACCGAUGCGCUCAUCCAGCGCACGAUCCGAGACGCAUUUCAAUCGGAUGCGACGACUGUGCUCACGAUCGCCCACCGACUGCACACGAUUCUGCACUGCGACCGCAUCGUCGUGUUGCAGAACGGCGUUUUGCUCGCGACGCAAACCUCCCACUUUUACAGUCUCGCCCAUCAAGCGGGCAUCGUGUAA